AGAUUUGAACGGUGGCGGCGGGCGGGGCAGAGGGGAGAGCGGUUCGGCGCCCGCCGCCAUGGGGGUCUCCGGCAGCGCCCCGGCGACUCCUCUCGCCCUCCGCAACAAGCACCUGGCCCAUGUUAGCGAUCCUCGCUCCCCGAGUGCCGGCAUUCCGCGCACCCCCAUUGAGGUAGUGAGCUCCCCGAUAGGCAGCCCUCAGCCUAGCCCUGCCGAGCCGGCGGUGAAUAUCAGUCAGGACUGCGACCCGCGUUCGCCAACGCCUGGUAUCUUCCGCACGCCCAUGAGAGCCACGUGGAGUGACAGUGUGGAUCACCUAGUGAAGCAGCUCGGCGAGACCUUCGGUGCUGAGGCCGCGGCGCAGGAGCCAGUGCCGUCCGGCGCAGCCUGCCCCGCCGCGGGUUCGGCUCGGCGGAGCUCUCUGCCCGCUGAAGGCCCAGAAGCGGCCGCUGUCGUCUCGGAGGAGAAGGUGGAGGCGCCGCCUUCUCCCAGCGCAGGCCCGGUUUGGCCAGCCCGCCUUGCCGGGCAUGGCUUCUUCUCGGGGAGCAAGCCCAUGAAACGCAAAACCACCACCAAAGUCAUGGCAGCAGCUGGUGGAGCUGGGCGCUCUCCCCUCAGCAUCCUGCAAGAUGACAAUUCCCCCAGUGCUCCUGCCCCUCGCCAGGGCAAGAGGCAUGUGCUGGGAGAGAGCCUUGGGGAGAAGGAAGUGAUGGUGGACCCAAGCAGGAGCCUCAAAUCUGGGAACUAUGCUUGGAGUGAUUUGAACAAAGAGAACCAACAGUGCCUGUUUGUGGAGAACUAGGGCUUUCCUCUUCUGGGAUCUUGCUGAACUUUGCUUUUAUGUUUUGAGAAACAUCUGGGACGAGAAAUCCUGCAACAGACUGAAACUCCAGACUUGUGGUCACUCUUCUCACCUUUACCUGCUGGAGCAAGGGCAGAGCACAGUCUCUCCCUCAGCUUCACCUGUUCUAUGUGAAGUACAGACUUUGGCUCUUCUGUUGUGCCUAGUCUGUAUUGACUUACUGUAGAUUUCUGACCUCUAGCAAUUUUUUAUUAAACUUUUGACUAUCUACACCA